AGCGCCGCCCUCCCCCACCCCCGACUCAGGAGGUGGAGAUCCCCCAGGUCCGGCCAAAUUCAACACCCAUUUUCUCCUCCCUCUGCCCCUAUAUUCUCGACAACCCCUCCUUCCCCUUUUCCCUCCUCCCUAGAGACGGGGGAGGAGAAAAGGGGAGUCCAGGUCGUCAUGACUGAGCUGAAGGCAAAGGGUCCCCGGGCUCCCCACGUGGCGGUCAGCGUGCCCUCCCCCAGCGAGGUCGGAUCCCCCCUGCUGGGUCGCUCAGAUCCAGACCCCUUCCAGGGGAGCCAGACCUCAGAUGCCUCGCCUGUAGUCUCGGCCAUACCCAUCUCCCCGGACGGGCUGCUCUUCCCUCAGCCCAGCCAGGGACAGGACGCCCCAAACGGAAAGACGCAGGCCCAGCAGUCGCCGUCGGACGUGGAGGGCUUAUAUUCCGGAGUUGAAGCCACAAGAGGUGCAGGAGGCUGCAGUUCUAGACUCCCAGAAAAGGACAGAGGGCUGCUGGACAGUGUCUUGGACACUCUUCUGGAGCCCUCAGGUUCCGGGCACAGCCACGCCAGCCCUCUUGCCUGCGAGGCCACCAGCUCUUGGUGCCUGUUUGGCCACCAGCUUCCCGAAGAUUCCCGGGCUGCCCCCACCACCCAGGGGGUGUUGGCCCAGCUCAUGAGCCGGCCAGGGGGCAAGGCUGGAGAUAGCUCCGGGACAGCAGCUGCCCAUAAGGUGCCGCCCAGGGGCCUGUCACCGUCCCGGCAGCUGCUGCUCCCACCCUCUGGGAGCCCGCACUGGCCCGGGGCCCCAGCGAAGCCGUCUCCGCAGCCCGCUACGGUGGAGGUGCUGGAGGAGGAGGACAGCUCCGAGUCCUCGGACUCGGAGGGUCCGCUUCUGAAGGGCAAACCUGUAGCUCUGGGAGGCACCGCGGCGCGAGGAGGAGCCGCAGCCACAGCGCCCGGGGCGGCCUCAGGAAGCGUCGCCCUCGCCCCCAAGGAAGAUUCCCGCUUUUCAGCAUCCAGGGUCGCUCUGACAGAGCAGGACGCGACAGUGGCGCCCGGGCGCUCCCCGCUGGCCACCACGGUGAUGGAUUUCAUCCACGUGCCCAUCCUGCCUCUCAACCAUGCCUUCCUGGCCGCCCGCACUCGGCAGCUGCUGGAGGGGGAGAGCUACGACGGCGGGGCCGCGGCUGCCAGCGCCUUUGCCCCGCCGCGCGGCUCGCCUUCGGCCUUGUCCGCCGCGGUCGCGGGUGGCGACUUCCCCGACUGCGCGUACCCGCCCGACGCAGAGCCCAAAGACGACGCGUUCCCUCUCUACGGCGACUUCCAGCCGCCUGCCCUGAAGAUCAAGGAGGAGGAGGAAGGCGCGGAGGCCGCGGCGCGCUCCCCGCGUCCAUACCUGGUGGCCGGUGCCAAUACCGCAGCCUUCCCGGAUUUUUCGCUGGCGCCGCCGCUGCCGGCGCCCUCCUCCAGGCCCGGGGAAACCGCAGUGGCGGCCGCGCCCGCCAGUGCCUCUGUCUCGUCCGCGUCCUCGUCGGGGUCGGCCCUAGAGUGCAUCCUGUACAAGGCGGAGGGCGCGCCGGCCCAGCAGGGCCCAUUCGCCCCGCCGCCCUGCAAGGCUCCGGGCGCCGGCGCCUGCCUGCUCCCGCGGGACAGCCUGCCCUCCACCUCGGCCGCCGCCGCCGGGGCGGCCCCCGCGCUCUACCCGCCACUCGGCCUCAACGGGCUCCCGCAGCUUGGCUACCAGGCCGCCGUGCUCAAGGAGGGCCUUCCGCCGGUCUACCCGCCCUAUCUCAACUACCUGAGGCAGGAUUCAGAAGCCAGCCAGAGCCCACAGUACAGCUUCGAGUCAUUACCUCAGAAGAUUUGCUUAAUCUGUGGGGAUGAAGCAUCAGGCUGUCAUUAUGGUGUCCUUACCUGUGGGAGCUGUAAGGUCUUCUUUAAAAGGGCAAUGGAAG